AUGUUAGGAUUUUUGUUACUAUUCUUCAGUAUAUUAUUUUCUUGGGAAUUGUAUCCUUUGCUAGUUUCUCAAAAAUCUUUGCUUACCAUGAAGAAGACAUUCUUUUACGGUUUCUUUUCAUCAAAGACUGAAGAAGAAACUUGCAAAGUUAACAACACUCCACGGGUAGCGACUCGAGAACUAGUGGAGAUAAGGGACUUAUAUCCAGCCCCAAAAAUUGAUCUGAAAAAUCCGUGGCAGAUCAAGAAAAAAAUUACCCGUGACGAGAUUAUUGUAGGAAUGCUGGUGAUUCCAUUUUUCGAGACGUUUGAGUACAUUAUUCGAUACUGGACUUUGGACAUCUCCAAAAGUUUGGAGAACGGGUGCAAGGUGUGUGUUGAUGUGUGGGAUGUAACUGAGGAGAAUGUUCCCAAGAAGUAUGAAGGUGGAAGUGUUUGCUUAAAGAAGCUAUACAACGACGACUAUUCUCUUUCAUGUAUCGAAUUGUUCAGCGGAUUAAGCGUUGGUGAUGAAAUUGGGCUUUAUUGGGAUCCUAGAUCUUCAAAUUUGAUGUUCAAAUUACUUUCUCAUGUUCAUACUUUGUGA